AUGGCGGAGGAAAAGAAUCUCGCCCAGAACACAGAUGCUCCAGAGACUCCCGAUGUGGAGCUUGAAGGCGCUCACGAUGAACCAGUCGACAGCGCCAACGAAGAAUAUCCCCACGGAUUACGUCUCGUGACUGUGGUGGCCGCAGUCAUGCUGACGGUCUUUCUGACGUCUUUGGAUCAAACUAUUGUUGGAACAGCCAUUCCAAAGAUCACAGACGAGUUUCAUGGCCUCAGUCAAGUGUCAUGGUAUGGAUCAGCCUACUUCAUGUGCCUUGGUGGUUUCCAGUCCUCGUGGGGCAAAGCAUACCGAUACUUCCCAUUGAAGUUGUGCUUUAUUGUGUCUGUCGUGAUCUUUGAAUUGGGUAGUCUGAUCUGCGGAGUUUCGCCGAGCUCUGUUGCGUUCAUCGUUGGCCGCGCUAUUGCAGGCGUCGGUGGUGCCGGUGUUUCCAGUGGCGGGACUGUGAUUCUCGCUUUUUGCGCGGAGCCCAAAAAGCGCCCGACAUUGAUGGGCUUUGUUGGUGUGGCAUACACAGUUGCAGCUAUUUGUGGUCUUGCUCUCGCGCUCCUGAUUGCCUUUUUCAAGACACCCAGCUCGGCGAGCGUGGUCCCGGCUACAUGGAUGCAGAAAAUUUGGCACAUGGAUCCUGUCGGGAUCGUUCUGUCCAUGGGCGCCAUCAUCAGCUUCAUCUUGGCCCUUCAAUACGGAGGACAAACCUACGACUGGAGCAGCAGUGUCGUAGUUGGUCUACUGGUCGGCUUUGUCAUCAUUCUUGCUGCUCUGGCCGUCGCAGAGUACUAUCAAGGAGAGUACGCUAUGAUGCCGCUGAGGCUCCUGAAAAGGCGAUCUCUGUGGACUGGAUGUGCCUAUCAGUUCUUUUUUGCCAGCUGCUACUUCCUCCUGCUCUACUAUCUGCCCAUAUACUUUCAAAGUAUCAGAGGGGGCGACGCUAUCCAAUCUGGGGUUGACAAUCUUCCAUUGGUCAUUGCAGGAUGUCUAGCUGUUCUUGCUGGUGGAAUUGCCGUCACAAAGACCCGCCACGCAACGCCUUUCAUGGCGCUCGGUGCAGCCUUGGCUACAGUAGCUACCGGACUGCUCUACACACUCGACGUCGACACCUCCUCAGCAAAAUGGAUCGGAUAUCAAAUUCUGGCAGGUGCAGCACUUGCCUUUCCAUUCCAGAAUGCGCUUAACAUUGCGCAAGCCGAUGUAGACUCGAGUGACAUUUCCACUGUCACUGCAACUCUCUAUUAUUUCCAAGUCCUCGGAGGUGCAUUCAGUAUUUCAUCUGCACAGUGCGCAUUUGUGAAUGUUCUGUUAUCAAGCUUGCGCACUUCAGCCCCUGGAGUGAACCCGCUUCUUGUGGUCAAUACCGGCGCCACGGAGUUGAGAUCUGUCUUUACGGCUGAGCAGCUUCAAGGCAUUGUGAGAGCCUAUAUGGAAGCCAUCAAGGCUUCUUUUGCCGUUGGUAUAGGCAUGGUUGGCAUCGCCUUUGUUUUGAGCCUGAUUUGUCCAUGGAAGAGAUUGCAUGCAGGUGCCGUGGGCGAUGCCAUGCCUGUUGGGUAG